CUUCAAUGGAGUUCACCUGGCAGCCGCUGGGCAGUUCAGCGAUUUCCUGGGUAGCAUGGGGCCUGCGCAGUUCGUGGGUCGCCAGACCUUGGCUACUACCUCCCUGGGUGAUGUGGAAAUUGGGUUACAGGAGCGAAAUGGACAAUUAGAAGUGGACAUCAUUCAAGCCCGAGGACUGACUCCAAAGCCUGGCUCCAAAACCCCGCCAGCUGCUUACAUCAAGGCCUACCUACUAGAAAAUGGGGUGUGCAUUGCAAAGAAAAAGACCAAAGUGGCUCGCAAGUCCUUAGAUCCGCUGUACAACCAAGUGUUACUUUUCCCAGAGAGUCCACAAGGCAAAGUACUGCAGGUGAUAGUCUGGGGAAACUACGGACGCAUGGAACGCAAACACUUCAUGGGAGUUGCCCGGGUUCUCCUGGAAGAACUCGAUUUGUCCACUUUGGCAGUUGGCUGGUAUAAGCUUUUCCCGACCUCGUCGAUGGUGGAUCCUGCUACUGCUCCACUCUUACGCCAAUCCUCGCAGCUUUCCUUGGAGAGCACAGUAGGACCUUGUUGUGACAGGUCUUAAUGGGCAAGGAAGUUCCAGGGGGACUGCUUCUGUUUUUAAAAUCAUGCUGUCAAGGUUUUGUUUGCCAGAACGCUGUCCUCAAGCGCAUUGCAUCUUUGAUCAGUCCUUGGAGGAACCUGAAGGUGAGGAUAGCCAAGUAACCUUGGACAGGAACCAAGAUGGAGGCCAAUGACCUUUCUCCAUCCAAGUAGAAAGAGCUGCAGGGCACAAGUCCUAAUUAUGAAAUGACACACACAGAGACACACACAAAAGACACACUUUUUCGUUUCCCUUUUUCCACAGUCAUCCAUGCACCCUUGCUUCAGAUCAGUGUAAAACCUUGAAAUGUUGCAGCAUCUUUUUUAAAAAUCGGGGAAGAUGUUUUCCUUCUUCUUAACGCUAUUUUACAAAUUGGGGGGAGAACUUUUAGAAAAUUCUUAAAUAUUCAAAAGCAAACAUCUGACCUAAAAGAAAACAGCAGUUUCAGGGAAACUUUGUGGGUUUUGUAAACUUUCCCCACCCCUUUUAAGGCAUGGGAAAGGGUGGGAGGAACUGCAGCUACUUCUUUAGAACAAGUUCCACAGUUCUGUUUGAUGUACAAACGCCGCUGUAUUUUUUACACUGUGCCAAAUUACCAGCAGUGUCUUCUACUAUAGGACUUAGGCCAACAGUACUGCUGACGCAUUUUUGUUGGAAGAACAAGAAAACACACUUUGGUUACACCAGUCGGUUCUAACGCAGAGUGCAUAGCAAGCCAAUUAGCUGGAAUGUUGCACAGAGAAUGUUGCUGAAUGCAAACUGGAAAUCUGGCAGAGAUACCUGCUAGCCCAUUGUUAGAUAUGAACAUUGCAAAACACACACACACACACCAUACCUUACCUCAGCUUUUGCUGUGCUAUCCCCCUGUUGUGUUUUUGCUUCCAUAACGCUAGUCAUGCUUUUGGGAUUUUUAGUGCAUAUCUGGUGACGUGCCACUUUCCUCUGGAACAGGAAUCAGUUUGAGGUAGCAAUACUUUCUUCCGCCGUUGCAAAUGAAAUGACAACAUAAAAAGUCUGCACAUUAAAAAAAGAGAGGCGGGAGUGAUCAUAAGAUGGAGUUCCGUUUGUCAUGCAGGAGAUUAUUAAACCCUGCGCUUAGAGAAAAAGGAGUGUUGCAUUCAUACAGCUGUAUUAAUACCCAAGUGGUGUGAGGCAACAUGGAAAACUCAGGAACAGAAGGCAGUUAAGGACUUGUUUAAGGGUGUUUUCACAAGUGACACUAAAAGCGCCUUUCAACCUCUUGCACGGUUUGGGUGCACAUAUGAAUGACCGCAAUGCACUUUUGAAUGAGUGUGAGGAGGAGAUUAAUGUUGGCAUUUGAACUUCCACGUGGCUUUUUGUGUGUAUGUGUCCGCCUGCCUGUAUAUAUGUGUGGAUGUUCAGAGUGGAUGUUCUCUACUCAAAAUGCAUUGUUUAUCCUCCAUCCACCAUUCUUAUUGCCACAAAGCUCUAUACAUUCCAGGUUCAGCAAGCAAGGGUGUGUCUUCUGCUCUACCAGGAGCGCUUAUUGGUAGUCAACAGAAGUCUUGCUUUUGAAGAAGUCUUGCUUUUUGAGUUAAAUGCGAUUCAGCUGGAGGGUUGAUACCGGCAUGAAACGAAAAGGUAGAGUUUCCGAGUCACUUGUGAAACUGACCUGGUGACUGCGUUUGGCUUUGUGGAUUGUUUUAUAAUGAACAAAAAAAUAAAUUAAAUAAAAGGUAAAUAUUUUAUGUUCGCCAAUAAAAAGAUAGCUAUAAUAGAUAGUAUAUAUAUGUGUGUGUAUAUAUAUUCUGCAUACAGCUAAGACGACAGCAGAUUGUCAACAGAGUCACCUUCAGUAGAGUAGGUUACCAGAUAGAGCAAUUGCACAAAUGAAGCAAAGUGAUUUACCUGCUCACAGCCAUGUCUGGAGGCUUUAGUUUAGAGAGUAAUUUUAGGAAGUAGGCCAAGAUUAGAUCUACCUUUUGUACAUUGCUAGGUGCUUUGUUUCUGUUCUCAUUUCUAUUGAAGAUUUAAUGAUUGCUAUCUCAAAUCUGUUUUCCUAUUAGGAUGUCAAGAGCUGAUUUUGCUCCACGGUUUCUGGUGCCAGGUCCCAUGUUAGCAUUUAUGAACCAUCUCAAAAUGGCUUCCUGGCCUGUUGUUACAUCACAGAGUGAUAGCAAGGUUUCUACGUGGACUUACGAACUAAGCAUGAUUAAAGCAUGACUUACUAUAGAAUGAAACAUAGACAGUCAUAUGUUAUAGGUAGCGUUUUUAACGGUUUGGGAAAUAACGACCAAAUGGCUAGAAAAGCAGUAGGCCCAGUAAUGAGCUCUGCUAGAAGUAACCUAAUAUAGAUAAUAGCAUAAGGAAACAUUGAGCAUAUUAAAAUCACAGAAGCUCCAGAGUUUCAGAUUGAUUAUCUUAAUUUUUUCUAUGCCUGUGGUUUCAAGUAUAAUUCUGUUUCCAAGUCAUAUUAAAGAUUUUCUGUGUAUUGGCUGAAGGGAGGUAGUUGCAUGCUGGUCAAAAUAUGUUGUGACUCUCCUUUCCCCCCAUUUAUUUAAAAACUGGCUUAACUAUAUUUCAGACUGAAUCCUCUUCAUAUUUGUGUAUAGUAGGUACUAGGCAAUAUUGUACAAUAUAUGUACGGACUAGAAUAGAUUGGGUUAGAUUUAGUGAUUGGUAGCCAUUGACUCUUUUAAUAACCUUGUCGUAAAAAGGACUAUGGAGAAAACAAAACACAUUCCAAAGCUGCGAACCGAAGAGCAGUCGUUGAUGCUUUAUCAAUUCAAAGAUUUUGCUUACGUUAUUUGAAGCUGUAAAUCAAAUCAGCCAUGUUUUGUAUGUAUCCUGCAGCACAUCUGUCAAUUCUUACCCAAAUGUUAAUAGGGGAAGUGGGAGCAAAAAUGCUGGAAACACAGUCUUGGCUUCCUAAUCUGUUGUUAACAGCACAACAGGCUUAACUCUAAAAUGUCUGGAGCUGCCUAUCUCUUGUUAACUCAAAUGUGAAUGGAUGUGUGAGUUGGGUUAAACUGAAGGACUCAGAACAGAGAGGCCCAUCACCAAGCUUAGAAAUAAUUUCCAGAGGACAUAAACAUCAAAAGGUUAAAAACAUUUUCAUGUUGAUUCUAUGUGGUAUACUACCCUUCAAUUAGCUGAUUCCCAGGAUAAUUAGCAAGAGCAUAAAUGGCAAUGAAAAACAGCUUUGAAAAGCAAUUCUUUUUUAAGCCCAGUAACGCCAGCAAUUAAAAGCAACAGAUUAAAAAUGUUAGAGGCGUGAGAGAAUACAAAAGGGUUUUGCUUAGCAAGAGGAUACUUAUUUCAAGCUAUUUCCUUUCUUCCCUCUUUGGUGCGACCCUUUGGAUCCUGGCAAAAAAAAGUUUCCGUAGGUACAGCAACUCUGAGCUAGGUACACAUGCAAUCCAGGUUUCCAUUUUUAGCAAGCCAGUCUGCAUUACUACAAAUGCAAGAUUACAAACGAUCUACAAAGACUGGAUUAGAAGGAACAAAUUUUACUCAGCAAUCGAAACUAGUCAAGAUGCCCCUGAGCAUACUUUGCCUGCUAGUCUCACACAGAACUGAUCACUCCUUAUGACCAUUUCUAAAUAACAUCAGUUCCUAUUUAUUUAUUUUAUGCAUCCAUUUCAAGUAUUUAUAUACCACUUUGCAUCAUAAAAGAUCACGAGGUGGUUUACAAAGAAAAAGCGAAAAAGAAAAGACAAACUAAACUCAGCAUGGAGAACAUCAGAAAUCCAUAAAUAAUGCAAUGUAUGAAACAUGAAACUUCAUCACAUAGAAUUCCACGGACUCUAUACACUUAUUCAAUAUCCACACCUUCUAACACACCUGUGCAUCAAUCAGAGCACACCUGUACACAUUCACCCACAUCCUCUGAUCAAUUGCAAAUCCCAAUAACCCCCCUGGGUAGGCUGCACUAUUACACUGGCAGUCUAAUGCCAGGAGACUAAAAUCACAUUACAAAGCCUAAAGGGCCCUUGUGGUCUUGUGUGCACCCUCUGGGUGCAUGCAUGCAGCGGCCUUGCUAGAUCCUGACUCACAAACGCAAACAGAAAUCUAAUACACAAACCUGCUUUUAGAGCACCUCACUUUCAGCCCGUAAUGAGCAACGUCCAGGUACGAUACAUUGCCAGUCUAAAGCUGUUCUUCUCGUUCUUGUGAGAGCCCUUAUUCUUGAGAGCAGCGGUGGGCAAACUCUUCUUCUUUCAAGGGCUGCACUCCCUCAGGGGUGACCAAUUGGGGACCACAUGACUGCAGUGGGCACAGCCGGAGACAAUAGUGUUCUGGAUUAACUAAUCUAGAACAAUGGCUGCCCUGUUUCAAUUUCACCAUGGCUACCUCGAAUUAGGAUUUCCAAUCCUUUGUAGAUCUACUCAGAAUUAAGCCCCGCUGGUUUUGAUAGGUUUUUAUACUUAUUCUUCUCAAAUAAGUAUAAAGAGGACUUUUAUUUUUCACUGAGGACAACAGACCCAAACAGUGACUGCAGGGCCAAGUGAAAGCGAUUCUUUUCUAAUUUUAAUGUGCUUAAAUCACGCACCAACCACAGAGGCAAGAAAGGGGAAGUGAUGAACAGGAAGGAAGGAACUCUGAUGAGGUGGAAGAAUGAGGCAGCUUCCGGGGGUGUCAGGGGCCACAGACUGGCUACCUGUGCUCUACAAAAGAGCAAAUAAGUUUUGCAUCCAAAUUAAGGGGCAGUUCUUCAGCAGACGCAGGUGCCCUGCUCCUGUGCACACCUUUCUACUAGGAUGUUGUUGAAAGCUGGCUCAGAAAUUCACAUGUGAUAAAGAGGUAAUUAGUAUCACUAGGCUUGGAUCAGCUCCUCCUGUGUAAAGCCCAGCCUGGAGUCUGUUUUCUUCUGCAUUAGAUCGGAUGAUACCUGGUUAUGAUCCUGAGAGCUCCACUACCCCUUUAGGUGCACAUACCAGAAUAUCUCCCUUACUCUCCCCACCACCCUUAGCUGUUUUUCAUGCUGAGUCAGAAGAUGUUUCUGAAGCCACUCAUAAGAAACUUACGGUGAAGCCUUUAUAAAUAAUAAUAAUAAUACUUUUUUAUGAAAAAAAGGCCCCAUAGGUCUAAGUUUCACUUUAUCAUUUUGGAUUUGUAAAGCAAGUGUUUGUAUUUUGAAACCUCAUCUCUUGCUGCCUUUUAAAAGUUUAAAAUAGACUUGCGUCUGACUGUAACUUUUAAUGAUUGACUUCUUUUAUGGGGAAGUAGAGGAAGAGUUAGGGGACCCAGGUGGCGCUGUGGGUUAAUGCACAGAGUCUAGGGCUUGCUGAUCAGAAGGUCAGCGGUUCGAAUCCCUGCAACGGGGUGAGCUCCUGUUGCUCGGUCCCAGCUCCUGCCAACCUAGCAGUUCGAAAGCACGUCAAAGUGCAAGUAGAUAAAUAGGGACCGCUCCGGCGGGAAGGUAAACGGCGUUUCCGUGUGCUGCUCUGGUUCGCCAGAAGCGGCUUUGUCAUGCUGGCCACAUGACCCGGAAGCUGUCUGCGGACAAACGCCGGCUCCCUCGGCCUAUAGAGCGAGAUGAGCGCCGCAACCCCAGAGUCGGACACGACUGGACCUGAUGGUCAGGGGCCCCUUUACCUUUACCUUUAGAGGAAGAGUUAGCGUGUGUCUGAGAGCUAAUUGUUACCUCUGUGGCUUGCCUGCUUGUUGUUAAGCUGAGGAGCGAAGGCUCAGCCUCUCUCCAUUUUAUAGCCUCUUCAAGCUCUUUGAAUUUUUGUUAAAAUGACUUGACAACUGCAUCAUAUCCACAUUGUGCACUGAAAGCACAUGGCUUCCC